AUGUCACACUCUGCCUUUUUGCACAAUCGCCUGUGGAGAAAACAGGCUGGGGGGUUGACAAUAAAGAGUUUCAACCGUUUUGACGAUUUAGGGCCGCUUACAGUGCCGGUUUCACCCCCAACAAGCGAUUUAUCAGAUGCUGGUAUUACCGUGCGCCGCUCUGCUUACUCCGUGCUCAGGAUGCGUAACAGUCAACCGGGCGUAUGCGCGCAAAAUUUACUUUCUUGCUCUGGUAAAAGUAUUGAACCCGAGAUGCACAAGUGCUGCUGUUCCGCCUUGUUGUACCGGUCGCCACACCGUGGCGAGGCAUCAACAACCUUGUCAUCGGAUGAGGAGCUGGAGCGUGACGAUUUUGUGUUUUCGCUAAAGCUCGCAGAAGUGGAGCAGAUGCUGCAGGAGCUUGUAGGAGUGGUACGGUAUGAGGAGUUGGUUGGCCCGGCUCUAGCAGAUGCUCGAUGGAUUGGAAUGUGUCAGAGCAUGCCAGAGGCGGUUGAAGGUGCAGGGGGUUGGAUUGCGCGGGUGCUUUUAACUCCGGAGGAAGAGCACCGUAUCAAGUGGCUGCGUGAGGAUGGGGUGCAGCUAUCCGACAAGCUUGCUUGCAUUCCGUCAUUCAAAGCGUUAUACGUUGCAUUCCACACAGUAGGAGGGGAGGGCUUGGGAUUGAGCCACUUUGAGGUCAUUGAGAAGCGGAUGCGAGAGGGCUCCGUGAAGUGGGACAUGUCUGAUGCUGCUGUCGCAUGCUUCUUUGCAAUGCACCGCGUGGAGUCGCGUCCUUUUUGCUGCCAUGUGGUGCGUGAUGUGUUGCUGGAGACGGGAUCGCAGGGGGGCAUGGUGGCUGCAACGGCUCCUGAGCCGACGCUGCGUCACGUAUUAGGGGCUACGCUGUUAUUACGCAUGGUGGGAGUGUUGUUGCUUGAGGCGCAGGGGACUAGUGGUGCGGGGUUGGAUCCUCCCAUGUACCUGUUUGCAGCCAUCACAGAGUUUCUCGCAUUUGUUAAAUCCCUUCCAGUGGGUAGGUUUACUUGCGUCUUAAGGGAAAUUGCAGUUGAAUGCCGCGCAAGGGUGGCAUCGCUUGCAUCUUUUUAUACUGUUCCGGUGGGUAGUUCGUGUCUACCGGAUUUCACCUUGUGGCUGCUGCGAGAGGUUCCCAACUCCGCCUCGUGCCACCUCCACUUUCGUCACAUGACGUUGCGCAGUCAUACGGAGGCCAUCACAUUACUGGAGAAAUCAUUCCUCCUUUCACCCCAGUGUCUGGAUCUUCAUGUGGUGGUGGAUGUUUUGUUCCCCCUCCUUGAUUCUAGCGAGGUGGACGACUUCUACUUCAUUGUGUUUAAUGAGGUGCUUACCAGACUUGGGGAACGACUCCAUCGCAACGUACAGUCGUUCACAGAAGACGACUUUCGGCUCAUCACCGCCCUUGGAGUUCGUCUUUUUGAGGGACAAGGGAGUGGGUUGGGUCAGUCCUCCUCUCAAACCGCUGGAAACUGCCCCUUCGAUGCGAAAAAGCUUGAGCAACUGGAGCAGCUUCAGGUGAUGGGUGGUAGCCCGUGGUCAUUCAUUGUGCUCUCUUAUGAUUAUCUCAAGGAGGUUAUGCGGUCACUAGUCAGGGAUGGGCGGCAGUCGAGGUAUCAACGUCAAUAUGGAAGGUCCCCCAUAUCGAGUGUCGCUGAAGCGGCCGCUCUUGGUGGCGGUGGUGGGAUUCAGCGCAAAUCGCUGUUUCCUAAGGCUGUGGAACGUGGUAAGAACAACAUUCCGUGCAUCAUCACAACAACCGGUACUGAGUGCCCCGACGCGAGCGAAGGGGGCCUUGGAUCCGAUGGUGCCAUGACGUUUAGGAAAGGGUAUCCAUUGCUGUCGCCAUCGUCAUUAACUUCACUGCGGGAACGCUUUGUUGUGUUUGUUGAGGAGUUGGUGAAGACCCUUGUUGACGAGAGAGGAAUUCAUCACCGCAGUUCCAGCGUGGUGAGUGAUGAUUUGUUUACGUUCGUGAGCAAACAUAUGUCUUUGCCCAACAUUCAUGACGAGUACCGCCGAAAGAUAUAUCUUUUGGUUAACAUAAUGACCAAAGAAACAUCCACAAGGAUAGGUGAUGAGGGCAGGAGUAUCGCUACAUCUGAGGACGAUAUCCCGCCGGAGCUCCGCUAUCUUGUCACGUCUCUUUCUCUGAUGCUUUCCCCGUGGGCGGCAGUAAUGAUUCUGCGGGAUGUUUUGAGCGAGUCGUCUGGGAUGAACCCCCGCUACACUUACGUCCUUAACGCCGCAAUCGACCUACAGUUGCCCACAUCUACAACGCGCUCGCGCAUGGCAACGACGCUUAACAUGUGGCGUUUCAUAAGUUCGCAAUCAAGAAAGAUGACGUUCGCCGAGCAUAUGGCUAUGAAGCGGCGUUGCGCCGUAAACAUUCCCCUUUCGUACAUACUGUCAUCAUACUGGUCCCUUUUGACGUGGCUAACGCUUCUGACAAUUGUUGGUCUUAAUGUUGCCGGGCUUGACCUGGAGUCACAAUACGCUGCCACUUGCCUGUUUCGUGAUUUUGCGCCACCCGAAGAUGUUAUCGUACCCCUUGCAGAUGAGUCCUGCCUCAACACAGUCCACGGUGCCGUUUCUAGCUACUUUGAGGGCUCGGGACUGAAUGGGGCCAAGGGGCUAACGGGAAAGAGUGGAAGAAGGGAGGUAACGUGGGAUCGCAUUUCGCAAGAGGGACUGUUUUCGUCGGCGCCAUAUAUUUUCUCACGUGCCGCGGACCGUAGACUUCCUAUGACUGUUGUUUCCGUCGGCAGCGAGGGGAGUGUGUCUGCUGUUGAUCAAGUUUCGAGGGAGUUCGCAUGUGCCUCCACAUUUCUCCACGAGCUGGCAGGCAGGUCGAUUUUUCCAUUUUAUCUUUCAAUUGAUCAGAUGCUCUCGGCCGAUCUUAUCGUUGCUCGCGUGGCGGAACGUAUACGGAGGGUUUCGUUUGACAAUGCUUGGUUUGUCAGUCGAGCUGUCUUUCGAACCUUCCCGUUGGGCCGAGCCCACACCGAACAUAGUUUAGUCACCCAUACCUGUGAUCAGGCGAGUUCCAAGCGUCGGCGGAUUACUUUUCUCUUGUACGUUCAACGCAACAUUCCCAUACCGCCUCAGUUAUUAUUGCGUCUUAGCGACAGUGUGCUUGCGCAGCAUGGGGAUCUUGUACUUGUGACGCACGAUGUUAGCUUGAAGGUCGGGGGUUGUACUCCUAAGGUGCUUGAGCAACUCGCCGAAGCGCACCGGAUUCGUUGUAUACCGUGCGCACCAACAGGUGGAGUAGAUGGCGGUGAAUCAAUGUGUUUGAGUAGGUUCUGGGAGUUGUGGGCCCAUGGGAACGAAUUAACUCGCAGGUGUGGGGCGUUCGCAAAGCUUUUGUGGUCUGCUGACCAUGUUGUAUGUUCAAGCCGACACUUAAGGAAUCCUUCUGCAGCUGCUCUACAUCCUACCAAGCGCGUGCUAACCGAUUUCCGUUGCUACAGUCUUUAA